UUGUUUACAUUUGUUUCAUAAUUUUUUUGGCUUUUAAUUAUUGCAAUCUUUUUCUUUCUUUUCCUUUCUCUCUGUCUCCGCAAGUCUCUGUCUCUGUCGCUCUCGCUCUAUCAGAGAAGAGAAAGAACUCAAAGCCUCAGCCAUGGUUUCUACGAGAAGAAGCGGAUCCCUCCCGUCCAACACCAGCAACAAGAGAUCAUCUUCUUCCUCUGAUAAUAACCCUCCCUCUCCAAAGCGUCCCAAGGGGGAAAGUAGCAAUGCAAAGGCAUCUGAGAAAUCAACUGCGGAGAAUUCUAAGGAAUUGUGCUCUACUGAUCCACCUGGAUUCACAGGCGGUGGUCCUCCGGCUACUGCAUGUGGCGGCGCUGAGGUUGUCAGCCACCCCACUAGAGUUGACCCUUCUGCUACUGUCCCUGCUGCAUCCCUUGCCACUCCUGUUGCUGAAGGGACCACCCCGGUUAUUUUGGACAAGACCAGAAGCUCAUUUUCAUCAUGGAAGCAGCAUCAGGGGUAUGAAAUGCCAGCGCCCUGGUGUAGGUUACUAUCACAAUAUCAGCAGAACGCUACUGUCUCUGUCAAUCGUACACAUUUUUUGAUCGGACCAGGCAAGAAUGCCAAUCUUCUUAUCAGGGAUCAAAACGUUAGGUGUACAAUAAGGCUUUCAAAGCGUGCAGGGAGUUCUGUAGCUCUGCUUGAGAGCCGAGGAAGCAAAGGAUCUGUGCAAGUCAAUGGAAAGACAAUAAAGAAAAAUACUAGUUGUGUUCUCAGCUCAGGGGAUGAAGUGGUCUUUGGUGAUACGGGAAACCAUGCUUAUAUUUUUCAGCAACUUCCAUGUGAGCUUGUAGGGAAGACACCCUCAUCAGAUCUUCAAAGUAAUGUGGGAAAACUAUUGCAUGUUGAAAGACGGGCUGGGGAUGCUUCAAUUGUUGCUGGUGCUUCUAUAUUGGCUUCGCUUUCUAGUCUGCGGCAAGAUAUUUCACGCUUGAAGACUACAUCUCAGGCUAGUGGUAAAUCCUACCUGGGGAAUGACCUAGCUUCUUCUCCAAAUGCAAAUGAAGAUGAGCUUGAUGGCCUGGAAGUUGAUUCAGCUACCAAUGUUAGAGGAGAUAAUGCUACUGAAAGCGGGGCCAACAAUGCAAUCAUAGAGGCAGGCAAUAUAUUGGAUGAUAGAGAGUGGACAAGGGAUUCAAUGCCAGCAUCGACAUCAGGGAUGUCUUUACGAUGUGCAGUAUUUAGAGAAGAUAUUCAUGCUGGUAUAAUUGAUGGCCGUGACGUUGAAGUUUCAUUUGAUGACUUCCCAUAUUAUCUCAGUGAGAGUACAAAAAAUGUGCUCAUUGCAGCUACAUAUAUACAGCUGAAGCACAGGGAACAAAUUAAAUACACCUCUGAGCUUCCAACUGUGAAUCCAAGAAUCUUACUUUCUGGUCCUGCAGGAUCUGAAAUAUACCAGGAGAUGUUGGCCAAGGCACUUGCUCGUUAUUAUGGGGCUAAAUUGCUUAUAUUUGAUAGCCACUUGUUUUUGGGUGGUUUGUCUUUUAAAGAAGCUGAACUACUGAAAGAGGGUUACAAUGUGGACAAAAUCUGCAAUAUUGUGAAAAAACUUUCUGGAACCUCUGACUUGACCAAGGGCAUCAUGGCUUCAUCUGGUGAAGUAGAUACAACACUUGGCUUGGAGUCCCAACUAAAGUCAGAGACCGACAAUUCACCUACCUUAGCUGGGACAUCUAAGAAUCCAUCGUUUAGAAUUGGUGAUAAAGUGAGAUUUAUUGGUUCCACUUCUGGUAGCUUGUAUUCAUCUCCUACAAGGGGCCCCGUUUUUGGAACGCGUGGGAAGGUUAUGUUGCCUUUUGAAGAUAAUCCCUUGUCAAAAAUUGGCGUAAGAUUUGAUAAACCUGUAACAGAUGGUGUUGACUUAGGAGGUCUUUGCGACAUGGGUCAUGGAUUCUUUUGCAAUGCCAAUGAACUCCGUUUGGAAGCCACGGGUUCAGAAGAUCUGGACAGGUUACUGAUUAUCACAUUAUUUGAGGCUGUCUCUAGUGAGAGCCGAAAUUCCCCUUUCAUUUUGUUCAUGAAAGAUGCUGAGAAGUCUAUGGUGGGGAAUUCUGAGUCAUACUCGACUUUCAAAGCCAAGCUUGAGAAGCUUCCGAACAAUGUUGUUGUUAUUGGUUCACAUACACAUACUGACAAUCGUAAGGAAAAGUCACAUCCUGGAGGUCUGCUUUUCACAAAAUUUGGGAGCAAUCAAACUGCUUUACUUGAUUUGGCGUUUCCGGAUAACUUUGGAAGGCUACAUGACAGAGGGAAGGAUGUUCCCAAGGCAACGAAGCUUCUGACAAAACUUUUCCCCAACAAAGUGACCAUUAACAUGCCUCAGGAUGAAGCUCUCCAAGCCAGUUGGAAGCAUCAAUUGGAGCGAGAUGCUGAAACCCUCAAAAUGAAAGCAAACUUGAACAACUUGCGAACAGUUUUGACUCGGACUGGAUUGGACUGUGAUGGACUUGAGACACUGUGCAUCAAGGAUCAAACACUGACAAUAGAGAGUGCGGAGAAGAUAGUCGGAUGGGCAUUAAGCCAUCAUUUGAUGCAGAACACACAAAAUGAUUCAGAAUCCAGGCUUGCUUUUUCAACUGAGAGCAUUCAGCAUGGGAUUGGAAUUCUACAAGCCAUCCAGAAUGAGUCCAAGAGCUUGAAAAAGUCACUCAAGGAUGUUGUGACCGAGAAUGAAUUUGAGAAGAGACUUCUAGCAGAUGUUAUACCUCCCAGUGAUAUUGGAGUGACGUUUGAUGAUAUUGGAGCACUAGAAAAUGUCAAGGAUACACUGAAGGAGUUGGUGAUGCUUCCUUUACAAAGGCCUGAACUAUUCUGCAAGGGUCAAUUGACCAAGCCCUGCAAGGGUAUACUUCUAUUUGGGCCACCUGGUACAGGAAAAACUAUGCUUGCAAAGGCUGUUGCAACUGAAGCUGGUGCAAAUUUCAUCAAUAUUUCCAUGUCAAGCAUUACGUCGAAGUGGUUUGGUGAGGGUGAGAAAUAUGUCAAGGCUGUCUUCUCAUUAGCUAGUAAAAUUGCACCAAGUGUUGUCUUUGUCGACGAAGUUGACAGCAUGCUGGGGAGGAGGGAAAACCCUGGAGAACAUGAGGCUAUGCGUAAGAUGAAAAAUGAAUUUAUGGUCAACUGGGAUGGACUGCGAACAAAAGACACGGAACGAGUUCUCGUUCUUGCUGCUACAAACAGGCCUUUUGACCUGGAUGAAGCAGUUAUAAGAAGGCUUCCGCGCAGGUUGAUGGUCAAUUUGCCUGAUGCUCCUAACAGAGCAAAGAUUCUUAAAGUCAUAUUAGCCAAGGAAGAUUUGUCUCCUGAUGUUGAUCUGGAUGCAGUUGCAAAUAUGACUGAUGGAUAUUCCGGAAGUGACCUCAAGAAUCUAUGUGUUGCAGCUGCACAUAGGCCUAUUAGAGAGAUUUUGGAAAAGGAGAAAAAGGAGCAUGCUGCUGCAUUGGCAGAAGGUAAACCUCCACCAGCUUUGAGCAGCAGCGGUGAUAUUCGGCCCUUGAACAUGGAAGACUUCAAGUUUGCUCAUGAAAGGGUUUGUGCUAGUGUUUCAUCGGAGUCCAUAAACAUGAAUGAGCUUCUACAGUGGAAUGAACUGUAUGGUGAAGGAGGUUCCAGAAGAAAGAAGUCCCUCAGCUACUUCAUGUGAAUGGCGUUCACCUGUACAAAUUGGUUCUUUCUAUUUCAAAUUUUUGUGCACCCGUGCUGGAUCCCAGGCAAAUUGUUGCUCUUGUGGAUCUGCAGUCCAGGGGCCUUGUUUGUACAAUGAAGUAUAGGUUUCUUAAAGUUAAUAGCUGUACACUCAAGUUAGUUUUGAGAGGCUACAAUGGUAGAUAGAGCUUCUUCCCUGUUUUAGAAUAUGGCUGCUAUGACUGUGCUGCCAUUAUUUUGUUUUGUUUCUCUCCCUUGCUGAAAGUUAGAAGAGGACUCCCCCCUCCCCCCCCGGGACCGAAAAAAAAAUAUCGAGUUAUUUCUUUGACGGAAUUUGUCAAGAAAUCUGUUAAUUAUGUGCAUAGAUUCGUUGUUAUUCUUCAUUCUGAUAUUGGAAUCACAAUAAUAAGCGCAAUGUUUGUGGUUUCAA